AUGGCCAACUCGAAUCUACAAGGAUUGACAUGCUGGCUCAUCGACACUCGAUCUCUAUGGCCUGGCCAAGAUAUCAAGGACGCUGUUAAUGCCGUGCGCAGAAAGAUGUUCAUCGCCGACGCUCGCAUGUCUCUUGCAUCUGCCUUGUUGAAACGACUCUACAUUUCGAGAGCCUUGAGCAUACCUUGGCGAGACGUGAAGAUUGCUCGUAGAGGAGACCCAAAGCAUGGAAAGCCUUGCGCUGUUUUAGCUAAUGGUUCUUUUGCCCAUAUCGACUUCAACAUCUCACAUCAAGCUGGUUUAGUUUCUUUGGUCGGCUGGAACCCACCACCUGGUCAAUCGCAAUCCGCUCUUGUGGGAGCAGAUAUCGUAUGUGUCAACGAGCGCGACGACUAUCGCACUAUCGAUCAAGAAGGCUUCGGCCCAUGGAUAGACAUCUACGAAGACAUCUUCUCAGACGCCGAACGUUGGGAUAUGAAAUACAAUGUGGACUACAUCACCCUACUCGACGGCAGGAUCGUUCAGGGCAACAAUCUUGACCGAGUCGAUCGCUGCGUACAAAGAAACAAGGACCUGAGCAUCACACUCCCCACUGGAGAAAGCCAUUCCUUCAACAGUGAUGUAUUGAUUGAUGCAAAGUUGCGGCGCUUCUACAGUUUCUUUUGCUACAAGGAAGCCUACAUCAAGCUUGCCGGUGAAGCUCUCCUCGCGCCCUGGCUCAAAGAACUCGAGUUUCAGAACGUCAGGAGUCCCAAGCCAGGAACAGUUGCCAGGUGUUCGACUCACGGGACCUGGGGAGAAAAGGUCAGCGAUGUCGAGGUCGUGCUGCAUGGUCAGAAAGUCGAAGACGUCAAAAUGACUCUGCAAGCCUUUGAGGAAAACUUUAUGCUAGCCACUGCUGUGCAAGGAUUGCGGGAUUUGGAAGCACCGCCGUUUACAAAACUACAUCUGGAGAAUGAUGUUCUUGCUUUUGCGACUUAG